AUGUUCGGCGCGCUGGAGAAGAUGAUGAAGGGUGACCCAGCGGAGCGGACGCGGAAACGGUAUCAAUCGCGCGUGGAUGCGAUCAACGCGCUCGGGGAGGCGAUGAAGGGGCUGAGCGACGACGGGCUCCGCGGGAAGACGCGCGAGUUCAAGGAGCGGAUAAACCGGGGCGAGACGGAGGAUGAUUUACUCGUCGAGGCGUUCGCGGUGGUGCGAGAGGCGGCGGAUCGGGUGUUGGGUUUGCGGCCGUUUGACGUGCAGUUGAUCGGAGGGAUGAUUUUGCACGAAGGGCAAAUCGCGGAGAUGCGCACGGGGGAGGGGAAGACGCUCGUGUCGGCGCUCCCGGCGUACCUGAACGCGCUGAGCGGGAAAGGCGUGCACGUGGUGACGGUGAACGAUUACUUGGCGAGACGGGACGCGGAAUGGAUCGGGCAGAUUCACAAGUUUCUCGGUCUCUCGUGCGGAUUGAUCCAAGCCGGCAUGGCUGAGGAGGAGCGACGCGUGGGAUACGGAAGCGACGUGACGUACGUCACCAACUCCGAGCUCGGCUUUGAUUAUCUCAGAGAUAACUUGGCACAGAACACGAACGAGUUGGUGCAACGUGAUUUCAACUUUUGCGUCAUCGAUGAGGUGGAUUCCAUCCUCAUCGACGAGGCGAGAACGCCACUUAUUAUCUCCGGCGUUGCCGAUAAACCGAGCGAGCGGUACAUUCAAGCCGCGAAGAUUGCCGACGCUUUCGAGCGCGACUUUCACUACAAGGUGGAUGAAAAGCAAAAGAGCGUUUUGCUGAGCGAGGAGGGUUACGAGGCGGCAGAAGAUCUCCUUCAAGUGACCGAUCUGUAUGACCCUCGCACGCAGUGGGCGCUCUACCUCAUCAACGCCAUCAAGGCCAAGGAGCUCCAAAAGAAGGACGUCAACUAUAUCGUCCGCGGUCAAGAGAUCGUCAUCGUCGAUGAGUUCUCCGGACGUACCAUGGUCGGGCGCCGCUGGUCUGACGGCUUGCACCAGGCUGUUGAAGCGAAGGAGGGUGUGACGAUUCAGAACGAAACCGUGACCAUCGCCUCGGUGACGUACCAAGCCUUCUUCAAGUCUUACCCAAAGCUCGGAGGCAUGACCGGUACCGCCGAGACGGAAAUCACCGAGUUCAGUAACAUUUACGAGCUUGAAGUCGCGGUCGUUCCCACAAACCGCCCGGUGAGUCGCGAAGACUCCACCGACGUCGUGUUCCGCUCCGAGAGCGGUAAGUGGAACGCGGUGCGCAAGGAAAUCUCACGCAUGCACAAGAAGGGACGUCCAGUGCUCGUCGGUACGACCUCGGUCGAACGUUCGGAACAAAUCGCCGCAUUGCUUGACGAAGACGACAUCCCGUACGAGCUACUCAACGCCAAGCCCGAAAACGUCGAAAGAGAGUCCGAAAUCGUCGCGCAGUCCGGCCGCAAGGGUGCGGUGACGAUUGCCACGAACAUGGCUGGUCGAGGUACCGAUAUUCUUUUAGGCGGCAACGCCGAAUUCAUGGCGCGACUUCGCUUACGUGAAUCCCUGAUGCAACGCAUCGUGCAGCCGGAAGACGGUGAAAUCGCGUUCGAGAAGAAGGGGAACCUUGCCAAGGCUAGCGCGAACAAGUGGGCCGUCAAGGACGGCUUGUACCCGUGUGAUGUCUCCACCGACACCGCGAAAUUGCUCAGCGCCGCUGUGGACACCGCGUGCUCUGUUUGGGGCGAACGGUCACUCGAAGCUCUCGAAGCCGAAGACAGACUCUCCUUCGCGUGUGAAAAGGGUCCGUCUGACGACGAGGCCAUUCUCGCGAUUCGCAAGGCGUUCAACGCGAUCGAAGCCGAAUACAAGGUUUACACGAGCGCUGAGAAGAAAGAGGUCCUCGAACUUGGGGGUUUACACGUCGUGGGUACAGAGAGACACGAAUCGCGACGCGUCGACAAUCAGCUCAGAGGCCGCUCCGGGCGUCAAGGCGAUCCGGGUAGCACUCGAUACUUUUUGUCCCUCGAGGACAAUCUCUUUCGCAUCUUCGGCGGCGAUCGCAUCCAAGCACUCAUGAGUGCGUUCCGCGUUGAGGAUAUGCCGAUCGAGUCCGGCAUGCUCACCAACUCCCUGGACGAAGCGCAAAAAAAGGUCGAACGAUACUUCUACGAUAUUCGCAAGCAGCUCUUUGACUACGACGCUGUGCUGAACUCGCAGCGCGAAAAGGUGUACUUUGAGCGCCGCCGUGCUCUCACUGCGAGCAGAGAAGAACUCCAGCAACAAAUGCUCGAGUACGCCGAACUCACGAUCGAUGACAUCGUCGAGGCGAACAUCGAUGAUUCCGAACCCGUCGCCGAAUGGCCGAUCGACGGUCUCGUCGGGAAGUUGCGUCAAUACUGCUACUACUUUGGCGAAAUCGAUGAGAGCGACGUCCGACCCAUUGCGGAGAAGGGUGGCGUCGACGCCAUGCGUGACUUCCUCGUCCAGAAGAGCCAAGAAUUCUACAAGCGCAAGUGCGAAGAAGUUGAUGCAGAGGAAGAAGGUCUCAUGGGGGAGGCUGAGCGUUUCUUCAUCCUUUCGCAGACGGACAACUUGUGGAAGCAACACUUGCAAGCGAUCAAGUUUGUCCAACAAGCUGUUGGCUUACGUGGAUAUGCUCAAAAGGAUCCGCUCAUCGAAUACAAGCUCGAAGGCUUCAACUUGUACACGGAGAUGAUGGCACAAAUCAGACGUAACGUCAUCUAUUCGGUUUACAUGUUUCAACCGCAGAGACUCGACGGUAAAGGCUCCGGCGCUGAAGAGGCGGAGGAUAGUGAUCUCGUGGGCGCUGGAAAGAACUCGCGCAAGUCGAACAAGAAGUGA